AUGCGUGUCGCCCGAUUGCAGAUGAAGAUGGCGCUUGCCCACAUUCUGAGAGCCGUACGAGAUGCGUCCAGGGGAAGUGUUGGUGAGUUAUGCAAUUAUUUGGAAUCUGGCAUACAUGAUGACGCAAAUAGUAUGCUUGCUGGGUUCAAGUGGUCUAGCCGUAGUCGUGCCAAUGAGGACCCGCUGACAUUCCUACCGUUUGGCUACGGCCCAAGAAAUUGCAUUGGUAUGCGUGUCGCCCGAUUGCAGAUGAAGAUGGCGCUUGCCCACAUUCUGAGAGCCUACGAGAUGCGUCCAGGGGAAGUGUUGGUGAGUUAUGCAAUUAUUUGGAAUCUGGCAUACAUGAUGACGCAAAUAGUAUGCUUGCUGGGUUCAAGUCAAUCACAUGCGCUUCUUUUUAAAGCAAACCGAUGA